GAGCAAAAUUGCAAUUAUCUCUCUUGAAAGUCCAACACCCCACAAACAACACCAUUUUUUUGAACCAAAGUAGAAACUCCUCCGUCUAGUUUUGGCGGCUCUCUCUCUCUCUCUCACAUCACAUCAUCCUCUUCGCCGUCGAAAUUUUGGUUGCGACGAUGCUCAGGCUACGGAUGUCUCCGUGUCUAUUUCUCACCGUCUUGUUCUUGUGUAAUUUCGGUUCGGUUCUAGUGGUUCGAGCCCAAAACCGAACCGGAGCCACCACUCAUCCCGACGAAGCGCGAGCUUUGAACUCCAUCUUCGCGGCUUGGAGGAUCCGGGCUCCGAGGGAAUGGAACAUCAGCGGCGAACUUUGCUCCGGCGCCGCCAUUGACGAUACUGUCCUCGACAACAACCCUGCCUACAACCCUCUCAUCAAAUGCGACUGCAGUUUCGAAAACUCCAGAAUCUGCCGCAUCACCAACAUCAAGGUUUUUGCGAGGGAAGUUGUAGGGCCUAUACCUGAAGAGCUCUGGACUUUGAAAUACCUCACAAAUCUGAACUUGGGUCAAAAUGUUCUCACAGGCUCUCUGCCUCCAGCUAUUGGAAAUUUGACUCGAAUGCAAUGGAUGACUUUUGGGAUCAAUGCGUUGUCUGGCCCUGUUCCUAAGGAAAUUGGUUUGCUUACAGAUUUGAGAUUACUUAGUAUUAGUUCAAAUAACUUUUCCGGUUCUAUACCAGAUGAGAUCGGAAAUUGUGCAAAACUUCAGCAAAUAUUCAUAGAUAGUUCUGGACUCAGCGGGAGGAUACCUUUAUCAUUUGCUAAUCUCGUGGACCUGGAACAAGCUUGGCUUGCUGAUCUGGAAGUUACAGGUCAGAUACCAGACUUUAUAGGAAAAUGGACCAACCUUACUACCUUGAGAAUUCUCGGAACUGGUUUGAGUGGUCCAAUUCCAUCGUCAUUUGCCAACUUAACUGCUUUGACAGAACUGAGGCUUGGUGAUAUAUCCAAUGGAAGCUCAUCUCUUGAAUUCAUCAAAGACAUGAAAUCUCUUAGUGUAUUAGUAUUGAGGAACAAUAAUCUCACUGGGACAAUACCAUCUAAUAUUGGAGGAUACUCAAGUUUGCAACAAGUUGAUUUGAGCUUCAACAAACUACAUGGACCAAUUCCGGCUUCACUUUUUAACUUAAGUGGACUUACUCACUUGUUUCUGGGGAACAACACGUUGAAUGGUUCCUUGCCCACUCAAAAGAGCCAGUCUUUGAGCUAUAUAGAUGUGUCGUAUAAUGAUUUGUCUGGAAUUCUUCCUUCAUGGGUCAGCUUACCAAACUUAAAACUCAACCUAAUUGCUAACAACUUCACAUUGGAAGAUGACAACAGGGUUUUAUCAGGACUUAAUUGCCUUCAGAAGAAUUUCCCCUGCAAUCGAGGCAAAGGAGUCUAUUCUGACUUUUCGAUCAACUGCGGAGGCCCAGAGAUAAGGUCAACUAAUGGAGCACUAUUUGAGAGGGAGGACGAGGAACUUGGACCAGCUUCGUUUGCCAUAAGUGCUGGUCAGAGAUGGGCAGCCAGUAGUGUAGGACUUUUUGCUGGAAGUAGCAGCAAUAUAUACAAAGCUACUUCGCAAUCACAAUUUGUCAACACUUUGGACUCGGAGCUUUUUCAGUCAGCAAGACUGUCUGCAUCUUCCCUAAGGUAUUAUGGGUUGGGGCUAGAAAAUGGAGGCUAUACUGUAACACUUCAGUUUGCUGAAAUACAAAUUCUAGGUUCUACUUCUAACACUUGGAAAGGUUUAGGAAGACGACGUUUUGACAUUUAUGUCCAGGGAAGACUUGUUGAAAAGGAUUUUGAUGUACGUAAAACAGCUGGUGACUCUACUGUUCGAGCAAUUCAGAAAGUAUAUAAGGCAAAUGUAUCAGAAAAUCACCUCGAAAUUCAUCUUUUCUGGGCUGGGAAAGGAACAUGUUGUAUUCCUAUCCAAGGGGCUUAUGGACCAUUAAUAUCAGCCGUCAGUGCAACACCAGGCCACCAUCACGGGGAAAGAACACGACUGGUAUUAUUGUGGGUGUCAUUGUUGGCGUUGGACUUUUGAGCAUCUUUGCAGGUGUAGCUAUCUUCAUUAUUCGAAAAAGAAGAAAACGGUACACAGAUGAUGAAGAGAUACUUAGCAUGGACGUAAAGCCUUUCACCUUCACUUACUCGGAACUUAAAAGUGCAACGCAGGAUUUCGAUUCUUCAAACAAGCUUGGAGAGGGGGGAUUUGGGCCUGUUUA